UUAGACUAAUCAAAUAGCCUACACGCACUCUGAUCUCAUGACUUACUUCCUGGUCGUCUUUUUCCUUCUGUGAAGUGCCUGUGUUAUCGAACCUGCUACUAUGGUUAUUCUAAAAGGAAUACCGUCCAUUCUGUCGCCAGAGCUGCUGUAUGCCCUGGCCAAGAUGGGCCACGGAGACGAACUGGUUCUGGCUGAUACAAACUUCCCUACCUCCUCCACCUGCACCUGCGGUCCCAUUGAGAUCCGAGCUGAUGGUCUAGGGGCUGCUGAGCUUUUGGAGGCCAUUUUGAAGCUAUUGCCCCUGGAUACCUACGUCCCCAGCCCGGCUUCCGUGAUGGAGUUGGUGGACAGUGACAAAAAAAGGGGACUAGCCACUCCUGUAUGGGAUAUCUUCAGACAGAAGCUGGCACAUGCUGGGGUACAGUUAUUGUGUGUUCUGUGUCCAGGCUCCUCUAGAGAAGGUGGAGAGAUUUGCAUUCUAUGAACGAGCCAAGAAAGCCUUUGCUGUUGUAGCAACUGGGGAGACAGCGCUCUAUGGGUGCCUGAUACUGAAGAAGGGAGUCAUCCCGGGUGAACUACUAGAUUGACACACAAGAAUGAAUGUUAUCGACGGGGCACAACCAAAUUUUGCAUUACCUAACAAAUAACCUAAGAAUUUGAGUUUGCAUGUUUCUGAGAAACAUCUAGAUUUUCUUUAAAAAUAUAUAUUAUUUUAAUGUUGAUGUCAAGAUCCAUAUGAAAUCUAAAAUGCAAUGUAUCAAUUGUAAAUAAACAAUAUAGUGAUUUUUC